AUGGAGGCGGGGCUGUACAAACUCCGUCAGUGUGGUGGAACAUCAGGGAGGCAGGGCUGUGACAACGUCCGUCAGCAUGGUGCACCAUCAGGGAGGCAGGGCUGUGACAACGUCCGUCAGCAUGGUGGACCAUCAGGGAUGCAGGGCUGUGACAAAAUCCGUCAGCGUGGUGGGACAUCAGGGAAGCAGGGCUGUUACAACGUCUGUCAGCGUGGUGGGCCAUCAGUGAGGCAGGGCUGUGACAACGUCCGUCAGCGUCGUGGAACAUCAGCGAAGCAAGGCUGUGACAACGUCCGUCAGCGUGGUGGAACAUCAGGGAGGCAGGGCUGUGUCAACGUCCGUCAGCGUGGUGGAACAUCUGGGAGGCAGGGCUGUGACAAAGUCCGUGAGCAUGGUGGAACAUCAGGGAGGCCAGUCUGUGACAACGUCCGUCAGCGUGGUGGAACAUCAGGGAGGCGGGGCUGUGACAUCGUCCGUCAGCGUCGUGGAACAUCAGGGAGGCGGGGCUGUGACAACAUCCGUCAGUGUGGUGGAACAUCAGGGAGGCGGGGCUGUGACAACGUCGAUCAGCGUGGUGGAACAUCAUGGAUGCGGGGCUGUGACAACGUCCGUCAGUGUGGUGGAACAUCAGAGCGGCAGGGCUGUGACAACAUCCGUCAGCAUGGUGCACCAUCAGGGAGGCAGGGCUGUGACAACGUCCGUCAGCGUGGUGGACCAUCAGGGAUGCAGGGCUGUGACAAAAUCCAUCAGCGUGGUGGCACAUCACUGAGGCAGGUCUUUGACAGCGUCUGUCAGCGUGGUGGGCCAUCAGGUAGGAAGGGCUGUGACAACGUCAGUCAGCGUGGUGGAACAUCAGGGAGGCAGGGCUGUGACAACGUCCGACAGCGUGGUGGACCAUCAGGGAGGCAGGGCUGUGACAACGUCCGUCAUCGUGGUGGACCAUCAGGGAGGCAGGGCUGUGACAACGUCCGUCAGCGUGGUGGAACAUCAGGGAGGCAGGGCUGUGACAAUGUCCGUCAGCGUGGUGGGACAUCAGGGAGGCAGGGCUGUGACCACAUCCGUCAGCAUGGUGGGACAUCAGGGAGGCAGGGUUGUGACAACGUCCGUCAGCGUGGUGGACCAUACGGGAGGCAGGGCUGUGACAACGUCCGUCAGCGUGGUGGAACAUCAGGGAGGCAGGGCUGUGACAAUGUCCGUCAGUGUGGUGGAACAUCAGGGGGGCAGGGCUGUAACAACGUCCAUCAGCGUGGUGGACCAGCAGGGAGGCAGGGCUGUGACAACGUUGUCACCGUGGUGGAACAUAAGGGAGAAAGGUCUAUGACAACGUCUGUCAGUGUGGUGGGACAUCAGGGAGGCUGGGCUGUGACAACGUCCUUCAGCAUGGUGGGAAAUGAGGGAGGCAGGGCUGUGACAACGUCCGUCAGCGUGGUGGAACAUCAGGGCGGCAGGGCUGUGACAAUAUCCGACAGCUUGGUGCAACAUCAGGGAGCCAUGCCUGUGUCAACGUCCGUCAGCGUAGUGGACCAUCAGGGAGGCAGGGCUGUGACAACGUCCGUCAGCGUGGUGGACCAUCAUGGACGCAGGGCUGUGACAACGUCCGUCAGCGUGGUGGAACAUCAGGGAGGCAUUGCUGUGACAACGUCCGUCAGCAGGGUGCACCAUCAGGGACGCAGGGCUGUGACAACGUCCGUCAGCGUGGUGGAACAUCAGGGAGGCAGGGCUGUGACAACGUCCGUCAGCAUGGUGAAACAUCAGGGAGGCAGGGCUGUGACAAUGUCCGUCAGCGUGGUGGACCAUCAGGGAGGCAGGGCUGUGACUACGUCCGUCAGCAUGGUGGACCAUCAGGGAGGCAGGGCUGUGUCAACGUCCGGCAGCGUGGUGGACCAGCAGGGAGGCAGCGCUGUGACAACGUCGUCACCGUGGUAG